CAGGAUGAAGAGGGAAUGCUGGAUGAUAUCUUUCUUCUGCAUAUCACCUCCUCCUUUUAUACACUGAAUAUGAGUUAAGGUUAUUACACUUGGUUUUCCAACACAUGGUGUAUCUCACUUUCCAGUCACUGUCUUUCCAGAUGUCUAAAGGUUUUGGCAGGUCUUAUAUUGGACAUUUUCAUUGUUUCAGCAUUAUUUUCUUGUUCUGCAAGAUCUGGCAUGAUGGACUAAUCAGCACCAUCACUUUGUGUGUGUUCAGUAAUCACAGCAAACCAGGAACUCCAUGAGGGUGAGUAACAAUGAUGCCAACUGUGCUGGACUUUCAACUGACACCUGCAAGAUUUCAUAUUCUGGUGAAUUUCACUUAUUGUACCUGUUUCUUUAUCUAAUAGAGACCAAAAAUCAAGAAAUGUAAAAUUUUCCUCUACAUUACAAAUUAUUGAUUGAACACUAUGUUGUUUUAAUUAUAUCCUCAUUGUUAAUAUUCAUGGAUGUUUCAUGCUUGGCCUUAUGAUGUGGGUCUCUGGUUCUAUAAAAUCAUUCAAAAGAAAAAUGCCAGCAGCCCUUCAGACAAAUCCAAGGUACCUUUCUUCCAGCUCACAUUUCUUUUCACUAAUAGUUUCUUUUUAAAUAUUUAUUUGUUGGUAUCUUUAGCACAUGAGAGUGUGCAGGGGAAAAUGAAUUAGCACUAACUUUCAACAUAACAUCAUUCAAUUUGAUAUUUGAAUCUUAUGAUUAGUACAUUUUAUGCUAGGUAAUAAAUAUUGUAUUGCUUCAGCACUGAGAAAUAUGUACAUUGUGGUUAUAACAUUUUAUUAUUUAUAUUUAAACUUUUGAUGAGAAAUCUCAGAAUGGAUUUAUUUUCUGGUACAGACAUUUAUAUAAAAUCUCUUCUUUUCUCAUAUGAGUGAUUAUCAAAGUUUAUCCUUAAAAUAGACAAUUUAGUGUUCUCUUCAUUUUCAGAGAAGAGUAAUUGCUUUUACCAGGGUAAUAAUGCUGUGUUCUAAAUGCUGAAUAUUCAAAGAAAGACAAUUGGUUAUUUACUUUAUAAAUGUGUGCCUUUGCAGACUAAAAGCAGUCCUAAUGAGAGUAAUUAUUUUUGCAAAAAUAUUUGGCAUUUUAGGCUGAAUCUUGCUACACUGCACACAUUGGCUUUAUUUCCCUGAACUCAAGUGAUUCUUCCCGUACUGAUAUCCUAGGCAAUAAAAUGUUGAAUUCAUCAUUUUGCUCAGAGAUGUAAUUUUUGUUAUAACUUAAAGAAAAGUUGUUAAAUGACAAAAUGGACUUGAGGAAUUUUACAAUAAGAAUAAUGUUCUUAAUACAAAGUACAGUUGGAAUUCUGGGAAAUCUUGCCCUUCUUUUAAACUAUAUAAUUAUUUACCAUAAUGAACACACAUUGAAGCCUACAGAUUUGAUCCUCACACAUUUAAUCACAGCCAACUUUUUGAUCAUUCUCUCUAAAGGAGUUCCCAAUACAAUGGCAGCUUUUGGGAUGAAACAAUUCUUCAAUGAUUUUAUAUGCAAACUUUUUUUAUAUAUUCAAAGACUUGGCAGAAGCAUGUCUAUGGGAACUACAUGCCUCUUGAGUGUCUAUCAGGCCAUCACCAUCAGCCCUAAUAAAUCCUUUUGGAAGAAUUUUAAAUUCAAAUCUCCAAACUACAUCAGCCUCUGUAUUUCUAUCUACUGGGUGAUGCACAGUGCCAUAAAUUUCAUUUUCCCUGUGUUAGUGCAUAUCAAAAGGAGUCACAAAAAUGCAACAGAGAAAAGAGAUUUUGCAUACUGCUCCUCUUGGGGUCGUGAUAAAAUUGUAGAAUCACUGUACACAACAUUGCUGGUCUUCCCUGAAGUCUUGUUUUCUGUGCUCAUCAUCUGGUCUAGUGGCUCCAUGAUUACCAUUCUGUACAGACACAAGCAGCACAUUCAACACAUUCGGAGCACUCAAGAUUCCCUCAGAACCUCCCCUGAGGCUAGAGCCACACAGAGCAUCCUGGUUCUGGUGUCUUCUUAUAUAGCUUUUUAUACCCUUUCCUCUAUAUUACAAGGUUUCAUUGCUGUUCUAUCUAAACCCAGUUUGUGGUUGAUGAACAUCACAGCCAUUAUUUCUAUGUGUUUUCCCACUUUGUGCCCUUUUCUUAUGAAUUGUAACUUCACUGUGCUCAGAUUCUGCUUAUUCAGCAUAGGUAAUAUAAAAAAUCCAGUAAUUGUUUCAUAG